UAGGGUUUAAGGAAGGCUAGGGUUCUAGGGAAAUGUGCGGUGUGGCGGUCUGGUACGCGGAGAUCGGCUGAAUCACAGCACUCCCAGGUAUGCGCCAGAAGCAGCGCUGGUGGAAAUCCAUGGUCUAGUGUAGAGAAAAUCGAUGGAUUCGAGCGCAGUCGACGGCAUUGCUACAAUUUCCAGUGAAGAAAGCUUCCCAGCGGUUGGAAGAGAGGCAAUAGCAGAAGGGAUGGAGCUAAAGGUCCGAAAUAUAGAAGAGGGGCAGCAGCAGGGGGAUUCUACUCCCGCUGAUGCCCCAAAUUCUUUAAGAGGUACUGGGGAAGAAAGUGUGGAUCUCCAGAAAGAAAUAGGUAGCGGGGAGCUGGAGGAAAUAGUAGCGGUUGCGAAAGAAGAAACUCUCGGCAAAGAAGAGGAGAUUGAGAAAGAAAAAGCUGGGCUCAAACGAAAGAAGAUAGACGAAGAUGAUCUCGCUGCCUUUGUUCCUGAUGGAGUACAAGCUUCGCAAGGAGCUUCCCAGGAUACAAGGGAAACUAGAGACGCCAAGAAGCCAGCGCGCUACAAGAAGAGAAAGAUCGCCAUCUUCGUUUCUUACAGUGGUUAUGGCUACCAGGGGAUGCAGCGCAACAAAGGCUGCAAGACCAUCGAGGGCGAUCUCGAGGAAGCGCUGUUCAAGGCGGGUGCCAUCGCGGAGUCAACUUUCGGGGACCCCAGGAAGAUCGACUGGGCGAGAGCUGCGAGGACGGACAAGGGAGUCAGUGCCGCAGGCCAAGUGGUGUCCGGGAGGUUCUUCGUGGAUCCGCCUGGCUUUGUGGAGCGUGUCAACUCCCAUCUCCCAAAGCAGAUCCGGGUGCUGGGAUUCACGAGGGUGACAGGAACGUUUAGUGCCAAGAAUCUCUGCGACAGGCGGAGGUACGAGUAUGUUCUUCCGGUUUUCGCCUUGGAUCCGGCCUCCCACCGAGUCGAGAGCCCGACCAUCGAAGCAGCCAAUCCGGGAGACAAUCUGGGAGAAGCUAUCACCAGCGAGGAUGUAGAGGAAGACACCACUUCCACCACCGGCACUACCACCGGCAGAUUCACUCCGACUUGCACCUGCACAAGCAGUGAUCUCGAGACCGGAUUCACUUUCGGUGACGAGGAGCGAGCCAAGCUCACGAAGAUCCUCCAAAACUACGUUGGGACUCGCUACUUCCACAACUUUACGUGCCGUGUCAAGCCGGAGGAUCCAAGCACGCAGCGGUAUAUCACCUCGUACGAGGCCGGCGAAGUUUUCACGAUCCAAGGCUGUAAGUUUGUCCGGUGCACAGUGAUCGGCCAGAGCUUCAUGCUUCACCAGAUCCGCAAGAUGAUCGGCCUGGCCGUGGCGGUGAUGCGAGGUGAUGCUCCGGAGACCAUCUUCGAGAGAGCCUUUCGGAGGGACACGAAGAUCGGAGUUCCAAUGGCACCGGAGCUCGGCCUCUUCCUCGACGAGUGCUUGUACACUGCGUAUAACCAGAGAUUCGCGGGAAGCCACGAAGAGGUCUCGCUAAAGUCGUUCGAGAAGGAAAUUGCCGAGUUUAAGACCGAGGUGAUCUAUCCCCACAUUGCUUCCACCGAAGCCAAGGACGGGGUCUUUGCUCGGUGGCUUCACGGCUUGACGAAAGAGAGGUACCCGGAUUUUGCAGCGCAGGCUCCUCCUAGUUGAGACACAAAACUUUCCAAAGAAAAAAUCUCCAUUCGAUGGCAGUCGUUUUUGCAGUAAGAAAUAGAAGCUUACGUUCUCCUUCUACAGCUAGCCAGGCGGCCAUUUCAUCUGGCGUCCUCCAACGAGAUGGAUAUGAAGAUGAUAGACCGAUUGGCCUGUGAAAACAAAGAUAAGAGAGCUAUGGAAGAAGAAGAAAUGGAAAUUC